AUGCGAAAAGAGACUAUUAGUAGUCUUACAGUUCAAGAUGAACUCGAUGGAAUAGACUAUUGUGAAUUUUUAUCAAUGUCUAAAAACAUUGAGAAAAUAGCUAGAACAAGUUCAGAAUCCUUUCCAGUUACUUUUUUUAAUCCUAAAAGAAUAAAUACAGACCUAUCAAAAGAAAUAUUAGAUUUGUUGGUUGAAUAUUAUUGCAAUGCCUAUAACAAAGAUUUUGUAGUAUUAUCAAACAUUCACAUUGCUAAUCUAGAAGCUAUACCAGUAUUUUUAAAG